AUGGGCAAGGUUUGCGCCAUUUUUGGAGGAUCCCGAGGAAUAGGAAAAGCUGUUGCAGAAUUACUGGCACAGAAAGACUGCCGCCUGGCAAUUAUUGCAAGGAAUCUGGAAGUAGCCCAAACCACUGCACAUAAUCUUGGUGCAGGACAUCUGGCACUUAGCUGUGAUGUAUCCAGUGAACAAGAAGUUCAAAAUACUUUUGAGGAGAUGCAGAAGAAUUUAGGUCCUAUUAACUACUUGGUUAAUGCAGCUGGGAUCAACAGGGAUAGUUUGUUACUGAGAACCAAAACUGAAGAUAUGGUAGCCCAGAUUAACACUAACCUUUUGGGAACAAUGUUGACAUGCAAAGCUGCUGUAAAAAGCAUGAUUCAACAGCAGGGAGGUGCUAUUGUCAACAUAGGAAGUAUUGUAGGACUUAAAGGCAACUCUGGUCAAAGUGUAUACAGUGCUACCAAAGCAGGAUUAGUUGGAUUUUCUCGCUCUCUUGCUAAAGAAGUAGCAAAAAAAAAAAUUAGAGUCAACGUGGUUGCUCCAGGUUUUAUUCGCACAGAGAUGACUGCUCAUUUGGAAGAAGAUCAGUUGAAGAAAGCAAUUCUUCUUGGAAGAUUUGGAGAACCUCGUGAAGUGGCACAAGCUGUUUUCUUUCUUCUAGAGUCCCCUUACGUUACAGGGAGUACUCUGGUUGUAGAUGGAGGCUUGCAGCUUCUGACUUAA